UUGCGCCCUCUAUAUAACGUAGAACGGCAAAGCGUGACGUCAACGUCCGGUGACGUCAUCAGCAGACAUACUUUUACGUAGCUUAAACUGUCUCGGAUCAAGCUUCAGGAUGUCAUAUGCAUAUUUAUUUAAGUACAUUAUUAUAGGUGAUACAGGUGUUGGUAAAUCCUGUCUGCUGCUGCAGUUUACUGAUAAGAGAUUUCAGCCCGUACAUGAUUUAACCAUAGGUGUGGAAUUUGGUGCUCGAAUGAUUACAAUUGAUGGAAAACAAAUAAAAUUACAGAUUUGGGAUACUGCUGGUCAGGAGUCAUUUCGGUCAAUAACCCGAUCCUACUACAGAGGUGCAGCUGGUGCUUUGUUGGUCUAUGAUAUUACAAGGCGUGAUACAUUUAACCAUCUGACAACAUGGCUAGAAGAUGCACGCCAACACUCAAAUUCUAACAUGGUUAUUAUGCUUAUUGGAAAUAAAAGUGAUUUAGAAGCCAGGAGAGAUGUGAAAAAAGAGGAAGGUGAAGCAUUUGCCAGAGAACAUGGAUUGAUUUUCAUGGAAACAUCAGCCAAGACGGCUGCAAAUGUGGAGGAGGCUUUCAUUAACACUGCAAAAGAAAUAUAUCAAAAGAUUCAAGAUGGUGUUUUUGACAUUAAUAAUGAGGCAAAUGGAAUCAAGAUUGGUCCACAACAUUCCAAUGCCAACACCAGCAUGCCUUCUGCUGGUGGCGGAGGAACCAGUGGUGGUAACUGCUGUUGAACUUAUAAAAUUGGUUGGUGUCAAUGAGCCGUUGGAAGCAGGAUGCCAGAACUUGCUAUUUGGCUGCUGACAAGCCACCAGCCAAGAGACAAAAGUAUGCUAAGGGACAGUGUGACAUCAACAACUACCACACUCUUCCAACUUUCUUAGUUUGUUCUGAAUAUAAUUUCAGCCAAGUUCAGAAACCUUUUUAAUAUCCAAAUUUUUAUGCAAACUGAGUAAAUUGAACUAUUUUACUUAUUUUCUAAACACUCUAAACGUUUGCAUUCCUGGAAGGUUUCUUGAAUCAACCAUUGGUUAGAGAUAAACAAUUGCACUUUCUUUAGUAUUUAUACAUACAUAUAACUUCAAAAAUACACCAACCCACACAACAUACACACACACACACACAUUGUUACUAUUUUACAAUGGACUGUAUACACACAUACAAAUACACACACAUUUAGUUCUAUUCUAAAGGGUAUGUCUGUUCAUGUUAAUGUCAAUUUUGGAUGCAUAUAUUCUGUGCGUAUGUUCAUCCAUGUAAAAUUAUGAGUAUAUAAAUCAUGAUGGUAAAAGGAAAAAAGCUUGUCUUAUAGAUAGUUUGCUGUUUUCAUUUUUAAUAAAUUGUCCUCUGUAAACUGUUCCUAUAUCUCAAAAAUAUAAAUCUCAAGCUCAUAUUCUCAUUCUUAGAAGUGCAGACAGUCAAAAUUAAUUCAACAAGUAUAUAUCAAUAUCAUUUAGUUGGAAAUCCCACAUUUUCCAUUUUUUUGUUUUUAACAUUUGUUUCAUUUCAAUGUGACUUCCCAACCUACUUUUCUUAUUUGCUUUGCUUUGCUCCUUUUUAUAUUUACUUGAAUACAGUGACACAUCCAACUAUUAUUCAAGAUUUACUACCAAAUUAAUCAGCUUAAGUUUAAUUUUGAAAAAACUAAUUCAAAUAACAAAUUCCUGCUACAUUCCAAAUUUUUUUCCCUCAAGUCACUUUGUAGUCCAAAUAAUAAAAAGGAUGUUUACAGAAGUCUGGUUUGCUUUCCAUCAUUGUUAGAUUUAGCUGGUUGAGUUAAAAACUUGGACAUGAUAAAAACUAGCUUGUAGCAUACAAGAAGAUUAUUACUUGCUUUUAUUUUUAAGUGUUCUCAAUAAUGAAUUAAGAACUAAGCUAUUCCAGUUUCAUAGUGUUAUUGAUAACGUCUUUUAGAUCUGCUGCAAAAGUUGAGAUAUAUGUUUCAAUCCAUGCAAGAGUGGACAGUGCAAAUGAAUAUAUUUUUCCACUGAAAUUAAUUUGCAUUAUUUAGUGUAAAUUUGACUAUUUGUGCAUGUAUCUGAAAAUGCUUUAUAGACGGUAUUCUUCACAUUUACAAACCUAUUUGACACACACUGCUCAAUUAAAAAAAAAUCAUUGCUUUCCUUUUUUCCAUCCUAUCAAGAUUUUCAUAUCAAAGUUGGGAGUGAAAAAGAAAUAGCAGUCAUAGAAUUAAGUUUAAUAAAUUUCUUAGUUUCACACUUUUGAAUUAACCCUGAAAACUAAUCGUUUUAAAGAUUUCCUAUAAAAGUUAAACUUUCAAAAUAAAUUUAAAGUGUUUUGAUUCCUCACAUGCAUUGCUCAGCAUUUAAAUUUAUCAACUGUAUUGGAAGCAUCAGGAUUCACUUUAUCCCCAAAUUUUUAUUUUUACAUGUAAUGGAUUUUUUUAUUUAAAAUAUUGAAUUGUAACAUGAUAGAGGUUGUAAUUCGUGGGUGUAUAAAAGUAUAGGCAUGGCUGUGACUAAAACUUCUGAAGGCAGUGGCCCAGCAUGACUGCAUUCUAUUGCCCUGUAAAUCAGUAAAAAAUACAGCUGGCAUGAGUAUUUCAAGGGUUUAUAGAAAAGCUUAGUACACUUUUCCUCUACUAAAAUACAAUUUAAAAGUUAUUUGUAUGAAUAAAAUGUCCAUUGUAAAUUGUUUAAAAAAAAAUAGAGGCUGACACAAUAUAUAAAUGUUCUAGAAUGAGAAUAUGUAGAUACUAUUAAGACUGAGUCUAGAUUUAUCUCAUUAAGGAAAAAAAAACAACAAAACUAUGAAGACAAUAUACAAAUCAUUUUUUAAUUUUAUUUUUCAGUCAUCUAUAUAGCUGCAUACCCAAACAAUUUUCUCGUCCAGCCAACAUUUACCUGUUGAAGAGAAAACAAUUUUAAAUAUUUAGUUCACAUUUUGGUUUACAAAUACAUGGUAAUUAUUCGAUAAAUUAAUGUAAUACAAUAGUAAGCCUAAUUAGUUCAAUAAGAGUAUAAAGACAUUUGACUGCAACACUAAUUCACUAAUAGCCAUAGUUCUGUUGCUCUGUUUAAUACAAUCUCCUAAAUUUCCCAGCCUUGCUAUGAAAUUUAAUGGUGAAACUACUAUUAGAACUCUAGUUUUAUUACUUCAAUACUUAAUAUUGUUAUUGUUUGAGCUGUUUUUACAAAAAUGAUAAAGUUGCAACAAAUCAAAUGUAAAUCUAAUUACCAUCAACAUGAGGAAAUAGCAUUUACAAACCUCUUCAAUAUCUAUAUAGGCAACUGAGAAACAAUUAAAUGGUCUCUGUCUUGCUGUACAGCAAUGGAAAUGUGCCUCUUAGUAAAUCAUUCUCCAAAAACAUUUAAUUUCCACAACUUAUGAAAUCAAUUUUGUCUUGACUCUUUCAGAUUAAUGCCAGUUGGGUAAAAUUUAAACUGUCAAAAGCUUACCUGAAUAAUAAAUAUAAUUUACAUUUA